AUGAGCAACAUCGUCGACUGCCUAGCGGCUGCCCCCGCAUCGCUGCCCAUGCCUGGAGAAGCUGACGCCAGACCACUCAACCAUCAAGACGACAAAGACACCCUGUCGCAACCCUCCAAUUCCACUCCCGACGCCCCUCCAAACCAAUCUCCCAGCCCGCGCCCUUCCGAGGGCCGACAGGCUUCGCGACGCAGGAGCCUGGAAGUCGUCGCCGAGGCUCAAGGAGAUGUAGACGGCUUCGUCAAGGAACUUGAUCAGAAACGCCGCCAGCUCGAUGACCAGAUCCACAAGUUCAUCGCUCAGAAAGAGAGGGAAUUCAAACUAUACGAGCGCGAGUUGCGCACCCGCUAUCGAACUCAGCCCUCACCUGCAACAAAACCGCCUGGCCAUGCCUCACCUACCACCCCGCCUACUGACCAGCCUGUACAUGCUGCUGCCAACACACAAGAUGUACGAGCCACGAACGACAAGAGUCAUGAACGGGAAAGCGAGCUUUUAGGUCUCUUCACCCCUGUAUAUCUUCCGCUACUGGAGAGUCGACCCUCUGGUCCUGGUCGCUCUCCUUCUGCUCCUGCCCUCAGCGAUACUGCUGACUCAACGCUCAUCUCACCGGAUCGCCAGGCUCUUCACAGGGCUAACACCGAUCCUGCUGGUGACAACAAGUCCCUGUCUUCCAGGCGGGGCUUAGGCCCAAGGACCCCGUCAUCUGGCUCAGACCAAGGAAGAAGCCUCGUAUCAGCGUUAAAGUCACCUUCGGCUGGUCCAAGACUUUCCAACAAAAAGCGCGUGUCACUGGUCGUGGGCGAUGAGGUAGUUGCCCCGAGCGAUAACAUCUUCUCGAGUGCAAAUAAAGACAUGGACCAUCAUCCGGACAACGAGUUCGGCGCUGAACAUAUUGAAGUGCAAACGCCUGCACAGCCUACGCGACCAGAGACACGUGAACCCACAUCCCCAAAGCCACCCUCGUUGGACACGAUUGAAUCUAGCACUUCUCAGAGUCCCCAAACUGGUGGUCAACCUGGUGGACUGAGUCUCGGAUUCGCCUCAGCUGCCCGCGGACCGAGUGUGCCCCAGGAACCCCUGCAAACGAAGACCAGUCCCCAGGGCGAUCUUGAGCUUGCAUCACCUUUCUCUAUGGACGAAGAGUUUGAUGACAUUGGCUCUACAGAAAUGUACACCACGCAAAUAGAAGAUAUCGAUGCAGAUAUCGACUCAGGUCUUGAUUCUGAAUCUACCUUGCGCGCAGCAAGUCCAGCUAGCCCUAGCGACAGGGACAUCUCCCCAGUGAGCCAUGCAUCCAGCCUCAACAUCCCUAUCGCGAGUUUCGGAACAUCGUCUUCCUCAUCAGCUCAGCCCAUCUCACCAGGCUUCUCGAGGCCCUCUGUGCGAGAAGAUCCUCAGCUGCAAUUUGACGACCAGGUGCCAGAAGAAUUGCCAGCCCAAGGGUCCUUGUACGGUUCCUUUUCUCGACCGAGCUAUAGCAAACAACAGACCAGUGGCAGUCUAGGAGAAUCCUUCAUGCAGAGAAAUGCCGAGAAGAUGAUGCGCCGCAGACAGUCUGUGCAGAGAUCCUAA